AUGUCAGGAACUGCCACCGGUGUGUACUCAGCAAGACCCAGAGCCAGCCGCAAGAGCCCUUUGGAGAACAUUAAGACCACUGCUCCUCUGGAACUUCCCAAGCGAACAGCAGAGUGGAGCAAAAAUCAGUCUGAUCAGUACAACAAAAGAACUAGAGGCUUGCCUCUCUCACUGGGCGACCAGGUGCUGGUGGCGAACAAAGGAGUCAGAGGCAAGAAGAAGCUUUCUGAUAAGUGGAAUCCUCUUGUCUAUACUGUUGUGGACUCAAAGCCUGCUCUUCACAUCUACCGGAUCAGAGACAGGGAUGGUCGUGAGCGUGUGGUGCACCGAAACCUCCUCCUUCAAGUCAAUUUCCUGCCUUUGGAUGUUUCUCUGGACGAUGAUGCGACUGUUGUGUGUCUGAAUGAUGGCCUCUCCAUGUCUGGACUGCCUGGGGCAGAGAUGUCAGUGGUGGACUCUGAAGCUGAGCGGCUUGGACCCUCACUUGCUGGUUCCCUCUCUUCUUGGCUUCUUCUCCUGCUCUACGUGGGCUGGUUGGUGCUGUUCCCUCCUCGGACUCCUCUGCUGAGCAAUACUCCCCACUACCAGUGCCUCAGGUCACGCAGAUUCAGAUAUGGGUCUCAGACUUACCUCCAGAUUCGGUAG